AUGGCUGGGCAAGGGACUGUCCAGCUCCUCUUCUUGUGUCUAACGCCAGCUCUGCUGGAGGCCGUGCGGAUCAGUGCGAAGGGCCAGCAGGUGCUGUACCUGGCCCAGGGGGACUCUGUGAGGCUGGGCUGCCCCUAUAUCCUGGAGCCUGAGGACAAUGGACCCACCAACCUGGACAUCAUAUGGACCAUGGUGAACCCUGACCAGAGGCUGCCAUUCCUGACCUACCGGGACCAGAAGAUCAGGUACGGCAGUGUCGCAGGCCUGCAGCAGAGGGUGUCAUUUGUGGCCCAGGACCCAAGCUUGUAUGAUGCCUCCAUCUACCUGGCAAACCUGCAGGUGUCAGACUCGGCCACCUAUGAGUGCAGGGUGAGGAAAGCCACUGUCGACACCCACUUGAUCACCAUUACUGUGCUCGAGAAGCCGGCCGCCCCUCGGUGCUGGAUGGACGGGGAGCCGGUCAGGGGAGGGAACCUCAUGCUUAGGUGCUGCUCUGAUGGGGGCUCCCUUCCCCUCUCCUACCAGUGGUCCAAGAUGGGAGGGGACUAUGCCAUGGGCUGGCUGCCCCCCAGAACAGUACAGGGGCAAGGCUCGGGGGACCUGAUGAUCCAGAGCCUGUCGCAGGAGCACUCCGGGACCUACUGCUGCCGCGUGACCAACAGGGUGGGUUACACCCAGUGCAUGGUGCAAGUCUCCGUCCCUCGCGCCGGCUACACAGGUUCAAGGAAUGUGGGGCUCAUUGUGGGCUCUGUCCUGGGGGCCAUUUUCCUUCUGAUCCUGCUGCUCUCGAUCCUCUGGGCCUUGCUGUGGUACUGCAGACGGAGGCACUGCCAGCCCGUGGUGCCCAUUGAGAUCAGAGACAGUGCCCCUGCUGGCCCAUGCAGAAGUGGCCACCUGCACCCCUACCACGGCAGCGCGCAGCACAUCAGCUACACACCCUGCCAGAAGUAG